CCAUAUAUUCGCAAUUCUUUGUCUUUUUCCAUUGUAACGCAAGGUUCAACAAGUGUCGUGGGCCUGUUUUAUAAUCUGCUGCAUCACGGUAAAGGUACCAUCUGUUGCCCAUGUUUUUUUUCUCUCGUCUGUUUUACUUCAGCCAUGCUUCGGCGGUGAGCAUUGCGAGUGCCGUCUGCAGCUUAGUCGUCUGCGUUCCUUCGCGUCGAAAGUCACGAAACCUAUGCAAGUGGCCCGCACUCAGUGCUAUAACACAGACACUUCGACGACCUUGAGUUGGGGAUUAUUAUGCGCCCUCCCCGCGCACUUCGCGACCAGACACGGUAGACGCGCUUUGUGCCUGGACGGUGUCUGCGGCUACGGUGGUGGUUACGGCGCCAUGUCACCUCAACAGCUAGGAGGUUACGGUGCAGCUUCACCGCAGGUAGCCUUCAGCCCACACGACGCUUACGGCGUGCCUCAGCAUCCGGGAGCCUACGGUGGGCAGCAGCAGGCUCCAGAGUACGGCGGAUACCAAGGAUACCAAGGAUACCCAGGAUACCCAGGAUACCCAGGAUACCCAGGAUACCAACCGCCUUCCUCUGACAUGGAUGAUUCGGGCAUACCAUACAGCACGGACCAGUUUUCGCCGCAAGGUUACGCCGCCCAAGGCUAUGGUGCAAUGCCCGGAUAUAUGCAGCUAGGAGGCGGAGAGUACGAGCAGUCGUCUGGUCUUCAGACCACGCGCGGCGUCACUGGGGUGAGCGAGAUGUCGUCAGCUACGCACCCGUCUUAUACAUCACGGACUGGACCGAGCUCAUCAGCGGUGAAAAUCACCACGACUCCUAAGCCGGUGCGAGUUGAACACCCGAACUUGCGGCCGCCUCUGCUGUUUUGCACCGUGGGCUACACCUUCGAGGACGAUCAGGACUUGCUCGGCUCCGACUUGCCCUGCGACUACUUGAUCUACUCGGACUUGAUCGCCAACAACGGGACGUUCGCUCCCCUCUACGGUACACGGAGCUGGGAUGCCUACAAGACCGCGCUCGGAACGGCGACCCUCACCGCCGGUGGGGUCAGCUUCACGCUAUCCGAAGGCGUCGGCCAAAACAGCACGUUAGAUGUAAUUCAGCAGCGGGACAGCAUUGUCAAGUCAUUCAUCACCGACAGGAUGCUCGCCCUGGGCACAUUCGACUACGAACCCACCGCCGGCGUUCCGCUCUCCAAGUUGAAGGAUUUUUUCAAGUACCUCAACAAGACGCUGCCGUCGCAAGAUCCCGCUUCGAUGGUCUUCCUUGGCGUCUUCCUCGCCACCAACGUUAUUGCCGACGCCUUCAUCGCCGACAUCUCGCAAAUACCCGAGAUCUCCACCCUGAUCCUGGAAACGCACAUCACGCUCAGAGAGGCGCAUCUCGGGGGCCACACAGAUUGUCACGCCUACCCCAUCAGCGCCGUUGGCAUCAAGAACCUCGCCAACAACACCGUGCCGAGGCUGGAGGUGGCCGAGCACGCGGUGAACUUGAGUCGCAGCCGCGGCGACAUGUUUCGCGUCGUGUUCUCCUCGACCAUGGGCGUCAUGGUGUACAAGCAGGUCCAGGGCAAGCAACUCGAUCAUUUCCGGCAGCCGUGCUCGACAUGGAACAUGGGAGACUAUGACGUCACUUGCGACCCCGGUUUGGACAAGAAGCUCGAGGAAAACGACCUGGCCUCGUACGCCGUCGCCAACAAGGGCGUGUACCUGUUCUCCUUCGAGGACAACAAGUCGCUCACGAGGAAGAUGGAGCGGUAUCUGCCUGCCAGUUCGGACGGCUGGUGCCUGUUCGAUGUGCACCGGGACGUCUACUGGACCUGCGGUUUGACAAUACCUACGAAUCCUGCGCCGGACACGCCCAUCGAGAUUAAAGAUGCGCCCACACCUAUGCAGCGCGUCAAAACCGUCAAAGGAUUGAUGGGCUCAAUAAAGCGCGGGUAAUAAAGAAAUUCAGUUUGAAAACCGGGCCCGUAUUUACAGAAAGGGCCUUAGGCUAGGAUUAGCAUUGAUUGCAAAGUGAAAUUUCAGCCGAUCCUGAUGCUGGACACUUUGCGCAUUCGAACCCAAUCGGUCACCCGGUAGCAUCGGAACCGCUUCCCCAUUAAGGCGACCAUGGUGCUGUUGAAGCCUGCGCCUGGUGCGAAGAAAGCUCUGCUCACUCGGAAUAACGAACGUCACAUAUAUCAUAGUCGGCGAGAAUUGCAACAUUGUAAGUAAUCAAAUUUGCAAUUUAACGCGGCACUAAACAAUAUCACAAUUCUGUAAGGAACGCCUAUAGAGACAUCUAUAGCCCAGAAAUGUGCUGCUAAUUGUCUGUAGGAAUUUCGUUAAACUCAUAAAUAUCGUAACUCACGUCAGCAUAUUUGCCAACGUUUACGGCUUUACCGUAAAAAUGCCCAGUUUUCAGCGCUCCUUGACAUCUGUCGUAUCGGCACAAAUAGUUUACGCUUUUUAAUUUGCGUAAUGUCUCCGUCAAAACCAACUUAAAAAAAAAAAAAAUGUCGCCGACUGAUUUUUUAUUGCCCAACUUUUCGGACCCGCCUACUAUACCUGCAUGACAGCGAAUUCAGCGGAUAGAACCAAUGCACGGGGUGUUGUUUUCGAAUCCUUAACAGAACAUUUAAAUAUCACCUGUGGCACGUCGCUAAGUUGGGCCUCUUUAAGCUUUUCACCCAGAUCACUUUCAGAGGCAGACAUUACGCUCACGAGAAAUUAAUAUGAAUAUUUGAGUGAUUAGUAAAGGUUCGGUAACUAAACUUUAGAACUAGUUGCUUUACGGCACAUGUUACAGUUACGAAUUAUAGUCGCUGGCAUUGAAAGUCAUAUUCACUUGGAGAGAAUCCUGAGGGCUUUCCAGUUGCGAGAUAUGCCUUCCGAAAGCUUGCGACGAUACAAUGCAGUGGUGGCCCAGUAAUUUAUUAUUUAAGUGCAUUUGAGUCGAUUUUGCCCGAUCAAGCUACGCUUCAAGGUGACAUAUGCUUUCCUCGCCACAGUAUCCGCAUCCCCCCCUUUUUUUCCCUCCCCUUCCCUUUCCUUUCCUUUCUUCUUAUUAUUUUUUAUUUUUUUGUCAGCCGUCGUGUCGGACGCCCUUGACACGCCGGCUAACGCGCGUGUGUUGACAGACCGGGGUGGGGGGGCUGGCUUUGCCCUUGUACACAGCGUUUCUUUACUCUCAAUUCGACACGCUAACACAUUUUCCCUCGUUUCCGCAUCCUCCCGCCUCACACCCUCUCCCUUUUAGAAGAACCCCACCUGUAUAUAGUGUGGCGAGGAAAGCAUAUGUCGCCUUGAAGAAGACAAGUCCGCUUGUCGAAACGUUGGCUCCUGCAUUCACCUUGUUCACGUUUUGCUCAUCAUAUUUAAAUUAGUCUUUUUCGAUUCGGCUACCUGACUUCAUGCCUAUCUUUCAGGCGGAAUUAUUGGCAAUUGUCUUAGCUUUACGCAAAUUACCAUCUAUGUCAUUAGCCAUAAUCUUAACUUAUUGCCUGUCUGUCUGUUCUUCACUAACCACACCCAAAUUGCCAGAUGCAUUAAAAACUUUCUAUUCUCUUCUCCCAAGACACUUGCGUCUCGUUCGUUUAGUGUGGGUGCGAGGACACAAAGGUCUAGCCUUAAAGAAUAUGCAGAUACACUCGCAGUAGCAUCCCACAAUGGUCCUAUAAUCCCCAUUUUAUUUUCGUCAGCUUUCAUCACUGCGGCGCGAUUCAGAAAAUAUACUGCUACAAAUAAGUUCGCGCAAUCAUCAUUGGCAACAUAUGAUUUCCCGCAUCUGAGUUUUCUGUGGAACAACAAAUAAUGCUCCUCUAGAAAAAUUGAAGUAACGAUUGCAAGACUGCGGUGCCGAGUCCCCCCACUGAACGUGUACCUCCACAAGUCUGGUCUGGCUAUAUCGGUCUUGUACCCUUUAUGCAAUGAGAGUGAAUCUCUAACACUUCUUUUUGACAUGCCGUCGUUUCAUCAUUCAACGGAAAUUUUUUUUAGAAGAACCCUUCCAGAAGCUUGGCUUGAAUUUGACUCCUCUUGUAACUCUUUCCUUUGGGGCUACCGUUACAGCCACAUGAACAUCUGCGAAGCCAUUUGCAUCUUUCUACAUGAGACAAAACAAAUUGCAUGUUAGAAUUCUUCAAAAUACUUAGAAAGCUCACAAAAUUCACAAAAUAUCUAGAUGAUUGGUUAUUCAUACCUGUAACUGUAGACACUUUAAAUCCCAUUUGCAAGACACUUAUGUCAUUUCACCCUAAUUUACUAAAAAAAAUGCUAACAGUUCCUUCACCGCUCGAUCUUUUGCCCAUCUCCAGCGGUGGGUAUGUGCCAUUUGUUCAGAGGAACAAAAACAACAACGUCCAAACCAUCCCGAUCAGCGCUUCAAGCCAAAGAAUUGACAUCCCAGCAGAGUGCAGGUGCGAACUUUUGCUAAUGUCGCUCAUUCUUGGUAAGGUGUCACACGCCCAAAAGAGACAGUAUAUGGGCGUCCCGUUCGCUCUUCUAGGCGCGCAGGGUGAAGGUUGAUCAACGUAGACUGCACGCGAGGUUGUUCGCCGCGUUCGGUAGAUACGCUCAUGUCUGCCGAGAUUUAUAGCUUUUACGAAUUCGGAUGCAUAGACAGGCAUGGUCACGGAGGUUGACGAUUGAGAACAGAACACGACACGAGACCCAAAGUCCGGCCUGGCAUGCUUUGUGUCGUUAUUGGACGCAGCGUCAGCUGCCAGUUGCAAUACUCAACACUAGCGACGAUACCCGACGUUGUGAGAUGUGCAUUCUUUUUGUUAGAGUUAAUUUUACGGCUGGAGUGACGAUUGCGCUACAAACCAAGGAUAUGUUAAUUCCGCUGCAUACCAUUCCUUGAACCCUGGCAAGAUGUACGGCCGCAAGGCGAGUGUGCCAGUGGCGUUUAUGUAUUCAGCAUUGUUAAUUGAUAAUAAAUUCAUUUCAUUUCAGCACCACUGAUGAUUGAUUUCCUCUACCUAACAUCGAUUUGUUGGUUGAUGGCGAUGACGUUGGAACGGGUGCGCUUCACUUAUGCAGCAGGCGUGUACUGCGUCGAAUGCAGCGCCUCCUUCGGGGUCUGUCACUGCACGGCUGGAAACACAAGCAGAAGGCGCGAACGAGUAUCUCCCUCGGCGGCCUUCUGGAAGCAGCAAACGCUGUACACAGCCAUGCCGAAUUCUUCUGUUCAAAAACCCUAAAGCAGCGCCUGUGAUACGAGAUGCCGCAGUGAAGGGCGCCAAGGGGGGCGUGAGAUUUAAAUACGCGAUGGAAAGACGCAGCCAGUGGGGGAGGGAGAGGGGGGAGCGCAGGGGAGAGAGGUCACGUGAUAGCAUAGAGCAUGCAAGGGCUAACGACUGCCAGAACAAUGUUUCCCUUGUUCUUUGUUUGAAGUUACUGCAACUUUUGUGAGACCAUGAAAGUAGUCAAUACACUCCCACCUUAUACGAACACCCAUACAGUGACCUCCACUAGCCUCUGACUUCUGCGAGCUGCAAUCCGUUGCUUUCUUUGCACAGGUGGCAUCUUUUGUGAUUGCGGACAAACUGUUUUACAUACAAAAUAUACGCGUGUAUGAAAAAUAAAAGAUAAAUGAAAAUGUAUGUGACAAAGUGAAGUAAUAACACAUCAACGUAACAGAAGGGCGAGAAGAAUCGUUAAUAAAUGAUGCGGAAAUAUACAUACAGCUUCAUAAGCAUGGUAUAAAUUACAUACUGCAUACUGGGUGUCCCAGUUAACUUUAAUCUGAGUUUAAAAAUGUGCC